AUGAAUAAUCCGAUAUAUACUCAAAUAUUCGUUGUAUUCAUUUUCAUUUCAUCAUGCUUCAUACAAUAUACUGAGGCUGCUCAAGGUUGUAAACCAAAGGGCGAAGGUGCGGAAGGUUUCAGUAUGUCUUUAUACCAUUAUGAUUAUUAUAAUACAUCUGCAGGAGCAGGGUUUUGUUUUUCGAGUGAAUACCGACAUUAUGAUUAUAUGCAUGGAGGUUAUGUCGAUUAUGCAGGUGGUCUCAUUGGUACUAGCACAGGUAUCACAGAUUUAGACUUAAAUUUCAAAUUACCAGAACUUUGUACAAUCACUAAUGGUACAUUGCCAUCCAAUUUCAAUUAUCCAGACGAAUUUACAAUCUCUAAUUUCACUAUGCUUUUAGCUGGUUAUUUCUAUGCCGAAAUGACUGGUGAUUAUACAUUUUUUAUGGAGGCUGAUGAUUUAGCUUACCUAAGUUUUGGUGCUGGAAAUGCGUUUGAUUGUUGCGGAAUGGAAGAAACAGUUACUGAUCCAGAUGCGUUCGAUUUAGUUGUUAUAUGGCAAAGUCCAACCGAUCUUUCUGGUAGCGUGACAUUUUCAUUGAACGCCGGUAUUUAUUAUCCAAUUCGUCUAUUAUAUACAAACAGAGAUUUUUAUGGUAUUUUAUCAUUAAAUUAUACGGAUCCAAGUGGUACUUUAUACUCUAAUUUUGAAGAUCGUAUUUUCCAAUUCACUGAUAAUCCAGAAGGUUGUGCCAAUGAAGUCCUUUAUACCACCACAGUUUGGACAGGUACGUAUACAACUACCUAUUCUACAGAGACUUUUACAUCUGUAGGGACAGAUGAAUUUGGUACCAUCGAAACAAUAUAUUACAUCAGAACUCCAGAACCACAUACAUCUACAACUACAACUCAACCGGGAACAUUCAGCGAGACUACUACAGUGUCAACAUACACGACAUAUACUGUCGGUACUGAUUCCACUUCCACUAUCGAGACCGUAUAUGUGGUAGAGACCCCACCUGCUACAUCAAGUACAACCAUUUCUAGUGAGUUAGUUUCUAGUUCUACUGAGCCUCCUACAAGUUCUGAAAUACAUUCCAGUUCUGUACUUUCAUCCAGUUCUGAAAUACAUUCCAGUUCUGUACUUUCAUCCAGUUCUGAAAUACAUUCCAGUUCUGUACUUUCAUCCAGUUCUGAAAUUCAUUCCAGUUCUGAAAUUCAUUCCAGUUCUGAAAUUCAUUCCAGUUCUGAAAUUCAUUCCAGUUCUGAAAUUCAUUCCAGUUCUGUACUUUCAUCCAGUUCUGAAAUACAUUCCAGUUCUGUACUUUCAUCCAGUACGGUAAUUUCCUCUAGCACUGAACCAUUAACUCGUAGCACUUUCGAACCAACUACCUCCUCAUCUCAAAAUGAAAAUAGAGUGUCGAGUGGUUAUAUAAGCAAUAACUCCACCGCCGUCCCUUCCAAUACUUUAACUAGUGGUGAAGAAGUAAAAAGUAGUUUACUAUCAAGUUAUUCAUUAACAAGAAGUUCUAAGUCGACCUACACUCCUCUAUCUUCAGAAUCCAGAUACACAAACCAUUCAAGCAUAUCAAUAUCAUCGAGUGAAAUAUCUUACAAUAGCUUUUCCUCAUCAAAUACUAUCGAAACAGUCUUAACGAGUAGGACCUCGUCAGAAAAAACGAAAAUAUCUACAAUACCCUCUAAAGAAUCAAUGACAAUUGUUACAAAAGCAUCUAAAUCUACCAUUUCCAGCUCCAAUAAGAGCAUUUGCAAAUCACAAUGUUAUGGAUCUGGAAGUAUCACAGGUGAUUUAACCACUGAGACUAUUCAUAUUUCGAAUACAAUAGAUAUAACAACUAAAACAGAGAGUGGAAACCAUUUUGUUACAUCCUCUAUUAUUAGUAUAUAUCCACCUGAUUCAUCCGAUGUUAUUAGCUAUCAUCCCACCACCACCCAUAGUACGGAUCCUAUCGAAAUAGUAACAAAAGUAACACAAGUUGUAACCACUGGGAAAACCACUGGGAAAACCAGUACUCCUACGGCUUCAACUAGUAGCGCAAAUUUGCUUUAUGAUGAUUCAGCUAAAAGAAAUUCAUUUGAAUUCCCAAGCUUCGUUGUUUUACUGUGGUCGUUACUAUUCAUCUGA